CGUCGUUUCAACACCAAGGUUCGACCCAUGGGGAACCUAAAUACUACUAACUCCGGAGAAGGUAUGACCGAUCCAGCUCUUGGGUCAGGCGUAGUCGGGCAACGCGUGAAGGGGCCGAGAAUCCUCAUGUCCACAACCUGGAGGAGAGUGAUUCCAAGCCAAAAUCAGAUAAGGAGACGCCUGAAAAGAUAUCAGCGAUGGAGUCCUCUAUGACUGCCUAUCUCGUGAAGAUGUUUUCCAAGAGAUUCGACGCCAUGCAGUCCAUGGUGGAACGCCUACCAGAGGAUAAAGUAUGUUUUCUUCAUUUUAUAUAUUUCUUUAGAAAGUUUCCUCUUUCCUAUGAUCAUCUUCUUUUAUUUUCUCAUAACAAGUAUGUUUUCUUCAUUUUAUAUAUUUCUUUUUACCUAUUAUUCUUUAUUUGAUUUAUUAAUUUAUUUUUAUUAUACAAAUUAGAAUAAAACUAUGUAUGUAAAAGCGUAUCAUAUAUUACAUUUUCAUAUUUAUAAAUUAAACAUAAUACUACAAUAAAAGGUGCAUAAUUUCUAUCAAAAAUUUAUUUAAAAAAAUAAGUUAAUUGUUUAUUGUAAUAUUUUAUAAUAAACAUUUUAUAAAACAUAAUAUUUAAAUUAAUUUAAGGCAUCAAAAAUUUUUUCCACAGCUCUUUGAACGCGAAUAACAAUGGGAACUUCUAUGUCUUUUGACUACGAGAUCUCUAACACGGCCUCAUUGGACAGAGACUUUUGCUAACUUCAUAAAUUCAUAAAUUCAAAGUACAAAUCGAGAAAAAGAGACAAUUUUUUGAUACUUAUCACCUAAGCAUGUCCAAAAAUCAAUAAUUUUACACGAAAAGGCGAAUUUGUGUCUUUUUGAUUGGCGGAAUCUUAUCCUGUUUGUUUUAUUCACUCUAAAACGGCCUCAUUGGACAGAGACUUUUGCUAAUUUUUCUAAAGGCGUAAUUACCGGGAGGAUUUCAAGGCCCAGUCCAGUAUUAUUUAUGGCAGGCCCAACUAUUAUGCAUAUAUACACCGACGCAGAAAAGGCAAAGUGCAGCACACAUCAAAGAAAAACCCUAAACGGAAAUGCUCAGAUCCUCCCGCCCGCCGCCGCGGUCGUCAGGCACUUUUGGCUCGACGUACCAGAAAAGACUCGCUGUAAGCCGAAAACAAAGCCUAAAACUAGCACGAGAACUAGAUCCUCCCCCUGAUGAUGAAAAUUCUUUCUACGGUUUAUGGGACUUCGACAACUGUCGCCUCCCUCCCCUUUAUGUCGUGGGCUCGCUGAUUCCCAAGAUCAACUUGUGUUUACAAACCGUUAAUCCUCUCUACCGAAUGUGUCGUAUGAAUUCUGCCAUCGGAAACCCAAAUUUCGCUUUCAUCUGGCAGAAUCGCGAUGUACUCAACAAGCAAUGGGACGUGAAAGAGUCAAAGAAAAGAAAAAUUAGAUGUUCUGUCCCUAUCUGUGGAAGGCUAAUUCAGUCAAGCAAUAAUGCAGAGGUCGCCUACGAGCGAAAGUACGAUGUGGCAGACCGGAUGCUUAUUCAGGAGCUUUUGUGUUACGUUCUUGCAAAUCGUACUCCAAGAAACAUACUGAUUAUAUCUGAUGAUUGUGACUUUGGAUUUCCAAUGCAUAUUUUGAGGGAACGAGGUUACAGAGUCUUCCUGAUGCAGCGAUCAGCAAAUCUUCGACCAUUGACACAGAUUGCACAGCACGCUUGGGCUUGGGUUGAUGUAGUUAAUGGGCUAACACGUCCGUUCUAUUCUUUGCCUAAUGCCUAAGCUAUCUAACCCAAAGCUUCUUUCAUUUCCUUUUUGUGUUGUCUAUGGUUGUUGUUGAGUGUUGUUGAACCUGCUCUAAUUAUCCCACUUGUGUUGGUUUUCCUUUCUUACAUUUUUUGCAUUUAAAAACUCGAGUUUUAGAAUUCA